AUGGACCACCAUUGCCCCUGGACAAACAACUGCGUUAGCCACACGACCUUUCCCCACUUCGUGCGUCUCCUCCUAUAUACUACCCUAGGACUCUCCCUCCUCCAAUCAUUCCUCUUCACCCGCCUCUCUCAUCUCUGGUCCAAUCUGGACAUGCCCUCCUACCUCGGCCCCUCCCCCUUCCAACUAGGCCACAUGUUUGCUGUCCUAAUCACAAACUCAAUCACCCUCUUCGUCCUGGGUGUCCUCCUCCUACGAAACCUAUGGUGCCUUUCUAUCAAUCAGACAACAAUCGAAGGUUGGGAGAUCGAACGCCACAAGACCCUCCUACGCCGUGCUCGCCAAUACGGCGGCUACCUCACCACCCCAGAAGGCAACAAGAUGCGGAUCCGAAAACAAGAAUUCCCGUACGAUAUCGGAAUCUGGUCGAACAUGGUUCAGGGUAUGAACUCGAGGAAUCCAAUAAACUGGUUCAACCCUUUUGCUGCUACACCCAAUUUGAGUAGUGGUCUGAGUUUCGAGACGAACGGCUUUGAGGAUGAGGGCACGGUUUGGCCGCCUCCGGACCCAGAUCGUGCAUAUAGGAGGAAUGCGAUAGCAGUUAAUGCUGAUGCAUUUCGGUAUGCGGAAUCAGAGCUGAACGCAGAGGACACUGUGGCUGCUUUCAAGGCGAGGCAGGCGGAGGAUGCAAUGAGGAGAAGGAGGCCGUAUGCUGAAGCGACGGAUAGAGAAGAGGACAAUGGUGAAUUGAGUAGAAAUGAAGAGGACUUUACGUACGGGGAUGAUGCGAGCGACGAAGUUGGAUACGAAGAAGAAGAGCUUGAGAAGACAAAGGGUAGCAAAGGGAGAGAAGGUGAGGCAGCGUGGCGAAAUUCAGAGGGCGAGCGAUUGAAGGACUUUGGGGUGGAUGAAGAUGUGGAAUUCUACGACGAGCAAGACGAUGACCUGCCAUUGAGCGAACUUAUCGCCCGAAGACAAGCCGCAGCCGCAGCCGCAGACAGUCACUGA